UGGUCCGAGAGAUUGGGUGAACCUGCCUCCGACAAAACUUCUUGUUGAUGAGAUGUCUAUAAAACCCGUUCCAUCUCCCAUGCAAAAGUUCACAUUCUUAUCCGUUUGAUCACCCUUGGCUACGAAAAUGGCUAGUCAUCAUCCGAUUUGGAUAACUGUCGUGAUAGUUUUUGUAACCGCACUCGGGUGGGGAAGUGCCUCCGCGCAACUCUCUACAAACUUCUACUCCAAAAGUUGUCCCAAUGGUUUGAGCACGGUGAAAUCUGUUGUCCAGUCCGCGGUGUCGAAAGAGCGCCGCAUGGGUGCUUCUCUCCUUCGCCUCUUCUUUCAUGAUUGCUUCGUCAACGGGUGCGAUGGCUCGAUACUCCUGGACGACACAUCCUCGUUCCAAGGGGAGAAGACGGCUCGCCCAAAUAAUAAGUCUUUGAGAGGAUACAACGUCAUCGACCGGAUCAAGUCCAAGGUGGAGUCCGCCUGUCCAGGUGUGGUCUCUUGCGCAGACAUCGUGGCCAUUGCUGCUCGCGACUCGGUUGUCCUACUGGGCGGGCCAAGUUGGGAAGUGAAACUGGGAAGAAGAGAUGCGAGGACCGCGAGCUUCUCACUCGCCAACAGCGGAGCCCUUCCCCCUCCAACUUCAACGCUCUCCAACCUCAUCUCUCUUUUCCAAGCUCAAGGCCUCUCCACCAGGGACAUGGUUGCCUUGUCUGGGUCUCACACCAUAGGGCAGGCAAGGUGCACAAGCUUCAGACCUCACAUAUACAACGACAGCAACAUCGACAGCGCCUUUCGCAAGACUAGGCAGGGCCAGUGCCCCUUUGGGUCUGGGGACAACAACCCGGCUCCUCUCGACCUCCGAUCGCCCACCGCCUUCGACAACGCCUACUUCAAGAACCUGCUCAGCAACAAGGGCCUUCUUCGCUCGGACCAGGAGCUCUUCAAUGGUGGAUCCACUGACUCUCUCGUCAAGACGUACUCCAACAACCCCAAGACCUUCAACUCUGAUUUUGCUUCCGCCAUGAUCAAGAUGGGUGACAUCAAACCCCUCAAGGGUUCCCAAGGCGAAAUUCGGAAGAUCUGUAGCAAGGUCAAUUAGAGUCUCCACAACUCGUCUCACCACUCGGGGUUGUGGAAAGGAUGAGGUUUAUUUAUUCUCUCUAAUAUUUAGUAAAAAACCAGGAUUGACUAUAUGCAAGGCGAAUGCCCCCGACCAAACAGAUUUGUCUGGGUGGGGGUAGAAGUAUUUUGUCGUCGAACAAGGGUAACUUUGUUUUCUGUAUCUAGUCGUCUGCUUUUGAGAUUUCUCAGGGGAAAUAAAACACUGAACAAUUCAACUUUUGUCCUUAUA